GGACUCAGAAGUUCUGCUUUGCAUUCGAAGGCCAUGGCGGUUGCUGUACCACAGUCGGAGGUGAAGCUUUUCAAUCGAUGGUCGUUUGAAGAAGUUCAGUUUCAAGAUAUUUCUUUGGUGGAUUACAUUGCUGUCAACUCAACCAAGCAUGCCACUUAUGUACCACACACAGCAGGAAGGUACUCAGUCAAAAGAUUCAGGAAGGCCCAGUGCCCCAUUGUGGAGAGGCUGACCAAUUCUCUGAUGAUGCAUGGACGAAACAACGGAAAGAAACUAAUGGCUGUCCGAAUUAUCAAGCAUGCUAUGGAAAUCAUCCAUCUCCUCACAGAUUUAAACCCUAUUCAAGUAAUUGUUGAUGCAGUUAUCAACAGUGGGCCAAGAGAAGAUGCUACUCGAAUUGGUUCAGCUGGUGUGGUGAGGCGUCAGGCUGUUGAUAUCUCUCCUCUGAGGCGUGUUAACCAACCAAUAUAUCUUCUUACAACAGGUGCUCGUGAGAGUGCUUUUAGGAAUAUCAAGACCAUUGCAGAAUGCUUGGCAGAUGAGCUCAUCAAUGGGGCCAAGGGAUCAUCCAACAGUUAUGCUCAGCAAGAACAUCAAUUACCCAAAAAGACAAACCCUAGUUUCCCUAAAUCUAACUGAAAAUCUCCCAAUUGA